AUUGAGCUUCUUGAAGUCACUGUUCUCAGAAUCAAGCUCUUUCUGAGUUCCUCUCUGAAUGACCACACAGGGUUAUAUGCCACUGUGUUAGCUGGGGGGGGAGGCAGUGUUGCAACAGUGCUGAAGAGGGUAGAGAAAGAACUGAAUAUGAAUGAACUGACUGGCAGAAGAAAUGACACCUCACUGCAAGGCACAGUGACUACUGCCGCGGCUGUAAGAGAUGCAGAAGAAGAAGAAGGUGUGACAAUGAGAGCAGUGCUCUCACAGCUCAUUGACACUGCUGUCUCCAUCUUCAAUCUGGCUUUCUUAGUGAUCACAGAGACUGCAGCUGCAUCAUGA